AUGUCUCUGUAUCCAUCUCUUGAGGUUCUGAAGGUAGACAAAGUAAUUCAGGCUCAAAGUGCCUUUUCUGCAAACCCUGCCAACCCAGCAAUUUUGUCUGAAGCAUCUGUUCCGAUCUCUCAAGAUGGAAAUCUCUAUCCUAAAUUGUAUCCGGAGCUUUCUCACUACAUGAGCCUCAGUUUAAAUGGAGAAGAAAUAGAGGCAAAUAUGGCCAUUGUCCAUGGAGCACCAACUCAGGGGCAGUUGGUAGCAAGACCUUCCAGUAUGAACUAUAUGGUGGCUCCUGUAACUGGUAAUGAUGUUGGCAUUCGUAGAGCAGAAAUUAAGCAAGGGAUUCGUGAAGUCAUUUUGUGUAAGGAUCAAGAUGGAAAAAUUGGGCUCAGGCUUAAAUCCGUAGAUAAUGGCAUAUUUGUUCAGCUUGUCCAAGCAAAUUCUCCAGCCUCAUUAGUUGGUCUGAGAUUCGGGGACCAAGUGCUGCAGAUCAACGGGGAAAACUGUGCAGGCUGGAGUUCUGAUAAAGUACACAAGGUGCUCAAGCAGGCUUUUGGAGAGAAAAUUACUAUGACUAUUCGUGACAGGCCCUUUGAACACACAAUUACUAUGCAUAAAGAUAGUCCUGGGCAUGUUGGUUUUAUCUUUAAAAAUGGAAAAAUAACAUCCAUAGUAAAAGACAGUUCUGCAGCUAGAAACGGUCUUCUUACAGAACAUAACAUCUGUGAAAUUAAUGGGCAGAAUGUCAUUGGAUUGAAGGACUCUCAAGUUGCAGACAUAUUGUCAACAUCUGGGACGGUAGUUACUAUCACAAUCAUGCCUGCUUUUAUCUUUGAACAUAUUAUUAAACGGAUGGCACCAAGCAUUAUCAAGAGCCUGAUGGACCACACCAUUCCUGAGGUUUAA